AAAUAAAAUAAAAUAAAAUAAAAAGAAAGCAAAAAGGCAAUCGCCUCUUCCCAUCAGUCUCAUGUUUCUUGCAGCUGCUAUAUCUGUUGCUAUUGCUGUUGCUGCUGCGCUCAAAGAGGGUGUAGGUUAACUAACCUGCGCACACCCAAUUCGGAGAUUUUUCAACCUUUGAGACGUUUAUCAGAUCAUUCCAGGAAAAGAAUCAGAAUGUCUACAGUUGCUACGGACGUAUCUCAGGGUAUGUCUUUGAGAAAUCUUGAUCCACUCAGCAUUGUGGAUGAGAUUGAAGAAUGUGACUUCUCGAAGCCACUGACCAGAAAAUUGACUAUAGAACGGCAAAGAUCCUUUGAUGAAAGGUCCCUCAGUGAGCUAUCUAUUGGUUUAUCACCUCGCCUUUCUUCCAGAAAUACCGAACACUUUCGUAUUGUGGACCACCUUGAGAAUAUGUUUUCUCCUGGGAGAAGAUCUGUUGCAAGUACACCAAGGUCACAGACUUGUUUUGACCCCCAUCCCAUGGUUGCGGAAGCAUGGGAAGCGUUGAGACGUUCAUUGGUGUACCUUCGUGGUCAACCAGUCGGGACAAUUGCCGCGUUGGAUCAUUCUGAAGAAGCACUAAACUAUAAUCAGGUGUUUGUGAGAGACUUUGUCCCUAGUGCCUUGGCAUUUUUGAUGAAUGGAGAACCAGAAAUAGUUAAGAAUUUCCUUUUGAAAACUCUUCGCCUUCAAUCAUGGGAGAAAAGGAUUGACCGUUUCAAACUGGGAGAAGGAGCGAUGCCAGCAAGUUUUAAAGUACUCUAUGAUCCCGUUCGGAACUAUGAAACCUUAAUUGCUGACUUUGGAGAGAGUGCGAUAGGAAGAGUUGCUCCAGUUGAUUCUGGAUUUUGGUGGAUUAUAUUGCUCCGUGCAUAUACAAAAUCCACAGGCGACACUUCCUUGGCAGAAAUGCCUCAAUGCCAAAGGGGUAUGCGCCUUAUUCUGACUCUGUGUCUCUCUGAAGGUUUUGAUACAUUUCCAACCCUGCUCUGUGCUGAUGGCUGCUGUAUGAUUGACCGUAGAAUGGAUGUUUAUGGGUACCCUAUUGAAAUACAAGCACUUUUUUUCAUGACUCUAAGAUGUGCUUUGCUUUUGCUCAAGCAAGAUAAUGAGGGGAAGGAGUUUGUGGAGCGAAUAGUUAAACGCCUCCAUGCCUUGAGUUAUCACAUGCGAAGUUACUUUUGGCUCGACUUUCAGCAACUGAAUGAUAUCUAUCGGUAUAAAACAGAGGAAUACUCGCAUACUGCAGUUAACAAGUUCAACGUAAUUCCUGAUUCUCUUCCGGAUUGGGUAUUUGAUUUCAUGCCAACUCGUGGUGGUUACUUUAUUGGAAAUGUUAGUCCGGCAAAAAUGGAUUUCCGUUGGUUUUGUUUGGGUAACUGCGUUGCAAUUUUAUCAUCUUUGGCAACCCCUGAGCAAGCUGCAGCAAUUAUGGAUCUUAUUGAAACACGUUGGCAAGAAUUGGUUGGAGAAAUGCCUCUAAAGAUUUGUUAUCCUGCCAUAGAAGGUCAUGAGUGGCAGAUUGUGACAGGUUGCGACCCAAAAAAUACUAGGUGGAGCUACCACAAUGGAGGAUCAUGGCCUGUGCUUCUUUGGCUUCUUACUGCUGCCUGUAUCAAGACUGGACGUCCUCAGAUAGCAAGGCGAGCAAUUGAUCUUGCUGAAAGCCGGUUACUGAAAGAUGGCUGGCCCGAGUACUACGAUGGAAAGCUUGGCCGGUAUGUAGGGAAACAGGCUAGGAAAUUCCAAACCUGGUCCAUUUCAGGCUAUUUGGUGGCAAAGAUGAUGCUUGAAGACCCAUCUCAUUUGGGAAUGAUAUCGCAUGAAGAGGACAAACAGAUGAAGCCCCUUAUCAAGAGAUCUGCUUCUUGGACGUUCUAACACAAAUCUACUCUUAUGUAUGCAUUUCGCAUAUUUAUGUUGGUGCAUGUGUUUCUAAUCAUGGUUGCUUCUGGUUUGAGAAUCACCCAAUUCACAGACAAUAUAAAAAUCUACCAAAGGACUUGAUUUCAAUUUGUAAUCUUAUUAAUUCACCUCAUCUGCUUCUUCCUUGUUAUGCCUGAUCACAGUAAUGCAAGGUGUGUAUCUACUUCCCAGUCC